UGUGAUUGGUUGAGCUACCAAAGACGGCAACCAAUGAUCGUGGCAGCUCGGAGAGGGAUGUUGACGAGUUUUAUUGACAGUCAACGUUAGCAGCAAGUGGGAAGAAUGAAGUCAGUGAGUGGCUACGAUGGCGCCUGUACCAGAUACACAUGUUGAGGAAUCGAUAGUACCAAGGUGUUUCUUCCAGGAGGUCCAUGAGCUUCCGAUUGUAGCUUCUGCUGCAGAGAAGGUGACGAAGACCCACAACUCGCUGUGUAAGUUUGUCCCUCUAUACCAGCGCGUCUCCUCGGCCGCCCUCUCCACCACCCGCUCCCUCGCUCACAGGGCCAGCGAGUACACGCUAGUGAAAGCCUCGGUUCACAAAGUAGAAGGAUUAGGGCUGAAAGCUGUGACUACUCUGAAAAAUUCUUGCCCCAUUGUAAAGGAACCCACUGAAAAGGUGGUAGAGGAAGUUGGCACCAAAGUGCGUCAACGUGUACGGCUAGGACGCUCUCGCAUAGCUACCUACUUAGUUUUCCAGACCUCGUGCAGGGUAACAGAAGCUCUCGUAACCACUGCAGAGAGGGCCUGCGCUGCCUUAAUUCGUAAAGAAGCGCAAGUGUGGACGCUACUUGUACCGCUGGCUCAGCAGCUAAAGUGCUUGUCUCCCACACAGCCUUUAAAUUCUGUUGAGCGGCACCUACGGAACUACAGGCGGUCGUUGCGAGCUUGGCGCCGUUCUGGUACCGUCGUCCCUUCGGGCUUGCACAACCUUAAGGUUAAACGACGCAAGGCCGGCUUCUUGGCGUGGUUCUGGGCCCCCACACAGCCGGCGGCGUUGGAAAGUUGCGUGCCUCGGGAUUCGGCUAAAACUAGACCCCGGAAGAAAAAGUCGCUACCAAUGUCUUCUCCCAAUAAGGAUAAACUUUCAGAGGGAGAAGAGAGGAAGCUACCUCAAAGAAAAUCUGAAGAUAAAACAAUGACUUACCACGACCUCCUCAACGACUUGUUAGACUACUGCUCCGAUGAAGAUUCGGACUACUCGCCCAAGGAGACUUCAACAGACAGUUUGGCGUACCGCUCGACUGAAAGUGAAGAAUGUGAAGUUUCUUUAACGGAAGAAGACUUCAAGAAAUCUGCAGUGGAUGGGGGAAAGAACACUGUAGAAAACUUGAAUGCCACCGCGGAGGAAUCUAACGUCGGUCAGAUAAAGAUCAUAGUGACCGAUCACGAGGCCGAAGGGUCACAACAACAACAAGAAGAGCAAGAGCAGCAGCGCGAUGGUGUAGGAAAAUGUGUUGAUGGCAACACAAACUGAUAUUUGCAAGGUCUUAGUUUGAAUUGAUGUUCGUAUUCUAAUUUAUUAAGUGCAUGCAGGUCUCUUUAUCUAAAUUAGUUGGCAAAUUGCAAUUUGCUGAUAACUAGCAAAAUUGACUUGGUAGUGCCUUAAUUUGUAAAGGUUUAAAUUGAAUUGGGAAUAGAAAUGUAGUAAUUUAUGCCUCUUAAACAUGUUGGUUAUAUACCAGAAUUUUAAUGAUUAUGGAAUUAAAUGUUGCAUUUUU